AUGACGAGCCUCGACAUCCAGAACGAGGAGUUGAUAGAGCGACUCUCGGUAAUGCUUGUCAUCUUCUGUGUAUCUCUCUUCGCUGUCUCCUUUCCAACACUCACCGCCACCUUCCGUUCAAUCCGAGUGCCCAGUAUCGUCUUCUUCAUCGGGAAACACUUUGGCACUGGGGUCAUCCUUUCCACGGCAUUCGUGCAUCUACUACAAGACGCCUUCAAAGGGCUCCUGAAUCCAGAAGUCAACAAGAGGUGGAAAGUCGGUCAUUGGGCAGGGCUCAUCGUUCUUAUGUCUUUGUUGUCUAUCUUCUUCAUCGAAUACAUAUCCACUGCAUUCGUCGAUCGACUUCACUCAUACCCCUCUGCUCCCUCAACCCCAACCGCUUCAGCGGUGUCCUCUUCUGCGUCAUCCGUUAGGUCGGACUGCAUUCCUCCAACGCGUCCGACACUGCUGGUGGAAUCUCCAGAAGGAACUCGCUCGAUCAUCGCCCAGGGAGAGCUGACCGGGACCAACCAUUUGCCUGGUGCGUACUGUGAUUCCUUCCCCUCAUGUGCGACUCCUUUGAACCUCGGCCAUGCCUCAUACGGCGCCACCGUGUCGCCUCACGAUCCACCGUCGGUCCAUCCACUCCCAUCGCGCCCUCCUGCCCGUCUGGCGAAUUCCCUCACCUGCGCUUCCGCUCCGCCGGGAGACGCCUUCUUCUCGGGCGGCCACCACCGCCACGAGCCGCGCGACGCCCACGAAACCCACUAUUGCGUCUCGCGCACACGCUGGUGGCACAGUCUGCCUUGGUCGCGCACCCCAAGCCCGGCGCCGAACGAUGGUGGCGUAGAGUGCGGACGCCCGUCAACAUCGAGCUCGGAAAGGAGCAACAAGACGAACCCAAAGGACGGGGCGAAGCGGAAGAGCGGGCACCAUCACGGGCACGGGCACGGGCACGGGCGAGGGAGCCAUGACAGUCACCACGGACACGCGCACAUGGAUAUGGAGCGAUGGAUGGACGGUAUGGACGAAGCCGACGACGCGCAGGGCGUGUCACACUCGCGAGGACACUCGCACACGCACGAUGGGGAGGCCGAUGAGGAGUGUAGGCCAAAGCAUGGGCACGGAGCCGAGGAGGUGACGAAGAUUGGACGGAGGAGGCAAGUCAUUGGCAUUCUAGUGCUGCAAUUGGGUAUCAUGAUCCACUCCCUGGUCAUCGGCCUCACAUUGUCGAUCGCGACGGGGACGGAGUUCACCACGCUUGUCGUCGCCAUCGUCUUCCACCAGCUGUUUGAGGGGCUGUCGCUGGGAAUCCGGAUAGCUGGGCUUCCUGCGACGAAGUCGAAAAGCGGCCACUCCCUCAAGCCCGUCCUCGCCAUCACUUUCGCCACCACUACGCCGCUCGGUAUCGGCCUCGGCCUCGCCACCCUCGGCGGCGCACAGACGAAAGGCCCCAACCUCAUCCUUCUACAAGGAGUGAUGUCGGCCGUGUCGGCGGGGAUGCUCAUCUACGCCGCAUGCGUGGAGAUGCUCGCGGGCGACUUUGUCAUGGAUGCCCACCUGUGGCGAAGCUCGAUCCGGCGGCAGGCACUGGCACUUGCAAGCGUGUUCCUCGGAGUCUGCGCGAUGACUGCGAUCGGGAUGUAA